AUGUGUAGACUCCUUGUUGCGAAUUACUUUCCAGAGCUCCUCACAAAACGUGUCCAAUUCGGAAUCAUCCAAGAAGGUCAUGACUGUCAGCGUCUACGGACACUGUUCUCUGAUUCUAUGAUUACUCUAAGAGUGAUUGCCAUUCUAGCACUAAUCACUCUGGUAAAUGGAUGUGCCAAAGCUCCACGUAGCAUGAAACGAAACAAAGGUGGAGCUAGCGCUGGUGGAGAAGCUAGUGGAAGUGUAAGUGGAGAAGGAAGUUCACCAUCGGAUAUGGGUGGUACGACUGGUACCGGUAGCGCAACUGGCACAGGUAGCUCAACUGGCACAGGAGGCUCAACUGGCACUGGAGGAACCAUGGGUUCUGAGUCUGGCUCGGUGGGAGGUAGUGUCCCUGCGGGCGGCAUUCUCACGGAAGAGCGUGGUCCUCGAGGCAAUGCAUACGGUUAUGGAAUUAGAGGAGGAAUGGUUUCACCAAUUAUGGUGACAAGUUAUAUCCGUGGGAUCCGCGACGUCCGUGGAUCAGGUGAGCGAAAACCAGGUGAUAGGGAAGAUCGAAUGGAUGACAUGGAUAAUAUGAACUAG